CCUGCGACUCUCUGAGCAGAGCACCCACUAGUUCUCUCCUCCGCGGCUCCACGUGUGCCGCCUCAAUGGCCGCCAGCGUCGCGGCCCACCUCCCGCUCCGGGCCCCCGGCCGGGUCGGCGCCGCGCCGUCCCGGUCAUCCGUCGCCGCUGUGGACCGGUUCCGCGGCCGGCCGGAGCGGCGCGGGCUAGCGGCCGCGCCGAGAGGCGGGCGGGGACUUGCCUGGUUGCGGGCGGAGGCUGUAUCCGGCGGUGGCGGCGGAGGGGGACGGAGGGAGCCCAUGGUGCCGCCUUACAAUGUCCUCAUCACCGGCUCAACGAAAGGUAUAGGAUACGCGUUGGCAAGGAAGUUUCUGGAGGCUGGUGAUAAUGUUAUAAUCUGCUCAAGAUCAGCUGAAAAGGUAGAAUCUGUGGUCGGUGAAUUGAAAAGGGGAUACGGAGAGCAACAUGUGUGGGGAACUGCCUGUGAUGUUAGAGAUGGAAAGGAUGUAAAGGCACUUGUGGAGUUUGCACGUGACAAGCUUAAGCAUAUUGAUAUAUGGAUCAACAAUGCUGGAUCAAAUGCAUAUACAUACAAACCGCUGGUGGAAACCUCUGACGAGGCUCUCAUGGAAAUUAUCACCACUAACACCCUUGGAUUGAUGAUAUGUUGUCGUGAGGCAAUAAACAUGAUGCGGAACCAACCUCGAGGUGGUCACAUAUUUAACCUUGAUGGUGCUGGUUCUGAUGGAAGGCCGACUCCAAGGUUUGCUGCAUAUGGUGCAACAAAGCGAAGUGUUGUGCAUCUUACAAAGUCACUACAGGCUGAGUUGCAGAUGAAUGAAGUGAACAAUGUGAUGGUGCACAACUUAUCACCUGGCAUGGUCACAACAGAUCUUCUUAUGUCUGGCGCUACUACAAAACAAGCCAAAUUUUUCAUCAAUAUAUUAGCUGAACCUCCUGAUGUGGUCGCUGACUACCUUGUUCCAAACAUCAGAGAAAUCCCUAGCAACCAAUCAAUGAAGCCAACUUACAUUCGCUUUCUCACAGGCUUGAAAGCCUACUCAAGAAUUUUUUCAAGACUUGCUUUUGGUGCUCGAAGAAACAAGUAUGUUACUGAGGAUUAGUUGUCCCUGUUGCCAGCUUCCAAGUUAAAGUGACUAGGAACAAUUUUUUCGUUGUCUAUGUUGAGUCAUUUAUUUUUCUCAAAAGAUAGAAUGUAUUGCUGAUGUCAUUUUGUGAGAACACAGUAAUGUGCUCCUCGUCAGCUCUUCUGUA